GCGGCUUUUUGUGCUCUUUAAUUAGGUGAUAAAAUAUCCGCGAAUACGCAAGAAUCGCUUUAACGUCUUGUAUUUUGUUCAGGCAGUUAAACAGGACACCUUCGGUUUGGGGGCCUUUGACAGGUCAGGAUUGUCGCACGCAAAUGAGGACAUCAAGACGCGCGACCAGGUGAAGAGGAAUUCCCGAAUUUAAUUAUUUUGCAGAGUCAAUUCGAAAAUGACGGAGAACGAUGUGGACAACGAGCUGUUAGAUUACGAGGAGGAUGAGGUGGACGCGACAGGAGGUGUCGGAGACAGAGGACUUGUGGGAGACGGCAGCACCGUGGUCUUGAGGAAAGAGGGACUUAAAGGAUCCUAUGUUUCCAUCCACUCCUCAGGGUUCAGGGACUUCCUGCUAAAACCUGAGCUCCUCAGGGCCAUCGUGGACUGCGGCUUCGAGCAUCCGUCGGAGGUUCAGCACGAGUGCAUUCCACAAGCCAUCUUGGGCAUGGAUGUGUUGUGCCAGGCCAAGUCGGGAAUGGGGAAGACGGCCGUCUUUGUCUUGGCGACACUCCAGCAACUGGAACCAGUGACCGGACAGGUAUCAGUGCUGGUGAUGUGUCAUACUCGAGAGCUGGCAUUCCAGAUCAGCAAAGAGUACGAGCGCUUCUCCAAGUACAUGCCUGCUGUCAAGGUGGCAGUGUUCUUUGGCGGUUUGCCGGUGAAGAAGGACGAGGAGACGCUGAAGAGAGAGAGUCCUCACAUAGUGGUUGGAACGCCCGGCCGCAUCCUGGCCCUGUCACGCAACAAGAGUCUCAACCUGCGCCACAUCAAACACUUCAUCCUGGACGAGUGUGACAAGAUGCUGGAACAGCUUGAUAUGCGACGUGACGUCCAGGAGAUUUUCCGCAUGACCCCGCACGAGAAGCAGGUCAUGAUGUUCAGUGCCACCUUGAGCAAAGAAAUCCGUCCAGUCUGCCGAAAGUUCAUGCAAGAUCCUAUGGAGAUAUUUGUGGAUGAUGAGACCAAGCUGACCCUGCACGGCCUACAGCAGUACUACGUCAAGCUGAAGGACAAUGAGAAAAACAGGAAACUCUUCGAUCUGCUGGACGUGUUGGAAUUCAACCAGGUGGUGAUCUUCGUGAAGUCGGUGCAGCGCUGCAUCGCUCUCGCACAGCUACUGGUGGAGCAGAAUUUCCCCGCCAUCGCCAUCCACAGGGCAAUGCCUCAGGAGGAGAGGCUCGCUCGAUAUCAGCAGUUUAAAGACUUCCAGAGACGCAUCCUCGUGGCCACAAACCUGUUCGGAAGAGGAAUGGACAUCGAAAGGGUCAACAUCGCCUUUAACUAUGACAUGCCCGAGGAUUCCGACACGUACCUACACAGGGUUGCCAGGGCGGGCAGGUUCGGCACAAAAGGUCUGGCCAUCACGUUUGUGUCGGACGAAAGUGACGCCCGAACGCUGAACGACGUGCAGGACAGGUUCGAGGUGAACAUCAGCGAACUCCCAGAGGAGAUCGACAUCUCAUCUUACAUUGAGCAGACGCGGUAAAGCAGACGGGGAGACGAGGCGGCCAGACGCGUACAGGACGCCUGGGAGGAGCAACACUUGAGCCUGCAUUUCACACAGACUGUUGGUGAUGUUUCUUAAGAAUGUAAUAUAUAGAUGUAGUAAUACAUUAUACAGGCUCUUAGAUGCCUCUGAUGCUUUUCAUAUAUAUAUAUAUAUAUAUAUAUAUAUAUAUAUAUAUAUAUAUAUAUAUAUAUAUAUAUACAUAUACACACAUAUUAUAUGGGCAAAAGUUUGUGGACACCUGACCAUAAGAUUCAUGUGAUUUUUGAACGUCCCAUUCCACAUCCAAUCCUUAUUUACUGGUUAAAUAACCUCCAUUCUUCUGUGAAGGUGCUCCACUAGAUUUUGGAGUGUGCUGGUGGAGAUGAUUGUGCUCAUUCACACACAAACUCACACACAAAACUAGAGCAUAUCUUCAUAGAGCUGGUUUUGUGUACGAGGGUAUCGUCCAGCUGGAAGAGGUUUGGGUCUUUUAGUUGAAUUGAAGGAAAAGAUGGUCUUGAAAUGAAGUGCUACAAAGACAUCUUGUAUAAUUGUUUACAUUUAAUGUUGUGGUAACAGUUUGGGGAAGAACCACAUAUGGCUGAAUAAGUCAGGGAUCCCAAUACUUUUGUCCACAGAGAGAGCGAGAGCCAAGAUGUUAAAAUUGUUUGUAAAGGAUUUUAUUUACUUUUUCAAAAAGUGUUACUGACAUUUUUCUUUUAAUUAUUAUUAUUAUUAUUUGACUGCAGUGGUUGUUUGCGUUAUCGUUCCCGUGUUCAGUCAACUUGCGUUUUUUUGGAUGCGUCGGUGUAACAGUCCGUUAGUAAGCUAUGCUAGUAGUCCUUAAUGAAGGCAUGAAGAUGGAUAUGGCGUUGUAAGAGUGUUCCUGUGCCUGAUACAUUAACCAGUGUUCUGUGUUUAGUGCUUGUCAGAAGAAAAAAAAAAAAAAAAAAACACAAUGCACUGUUAGUUUGUUUACAUUUACUUCCGUUCUAAUAAUCUGAUCUGCGUGUGCAAUAUUGUAUUAACACUAGCAUUAAGAUGCUGUACAGUCAAGGUGCAUUAGGUACGAGAUUUUCCUUUUCACAUUUUAUAAAAGGCUUCCGUCGCAGUUAUUAGAAGUUGCAGACCAAAAGCAAGAGUAUUAACCUGUGAUCAUUCUUACAUUUCUUUUCAGUAGUUGAAAGAAAAAAGAGCUUCCUAUUUUGUUUUGUUUUUUCCUACACGAUGCACCUUUAGGACCUUUUUGGUACUUCUCGAAGCACUUGGAAGUAUUCCGAAUUACAAAAACGUGAAUUUUGUAAAUAAAUACAAAAAACAAAACAAA